CUCUACUCUCACUGACAAUGGGAAGUCAAGUUUCCAACUGGCGCGAUCGAUGUUGUUGUGAAAGCGUUUCUGCGCAUUGUGAUCGCUGCUGUCUUCGCAGUCCGGUAAAAUAAAAGAAAACGGAACGCGAUAUUUGGCAAAAAAAAAACCAAAUAUAAUUACGUUUUAGUUACUUGAAAUAAUAUAUGUACAUAUGUAAUUGUUCGUACAAGUGUCCAGCUAAUCAUAAAAUGUAUCCAUGUCCAUAAAAAUAUAUGUACCUGAGUCUGUAUGUAUAUACAUAUGUACAUGCAGGUAAACAUUCAAACAAAAUUCGAAUGUGCCCUCUGCAAACAAAGCAAAAGCAAUGAUAAUUUUCUGUGAAAAAGAAAGUUAUCUAUAAAUUAUGCCAAUUAUUUAAACACCAAAAUGGGGAAUUCGGGAAGUGCUCACAAUAUAAGUAGUGGGAGAUCGGGAAUCGAUCGAACCUCACAAUUUCAAUCACAAUUUAAACACCUUGGACAUAGUUCGCAUCAUCACAGUCAUAGUCAGAGUCAGUUGAGUAGAACUGGCUUUAGAACUAGCCCAAUUAAUCCGCAACGUAAUUUAAAUCCACAAUGGAGAAGAUCAUAUCAACCGCCAGGUUUUGAUAAGGAUUCAAAGGCACAAGCUGAAGUCCCUUUUAAGGUUUUGCCAGAGUUGGACAAAAAGCUAAAUUUGAGGGCUACAACGAAUGGUGCAAUAUUAAAUUCUGGAGGAACGAUUAGUGGAAGAAAACCGAAUGAAAAUCAUACUCAAAGCAUCUCAAAUGCUCUUAGUCAAAGAUCCAAAACAUUUAUAAUAGAAACAGCGAGAGAUGGAAAUAGAAAAAAUGAUCAAAAUUCCGAAUUCACACGAUCCCAAACGUUGCUAUACGUUAAGACCAAGACGAGGGAUUCGGAGACAAAUCUCUCACGAAUGCAACGGCAUACGUAUUCAGAGCCUGAACUUAUAAAUAAACUGAAUCAAUCAAAACCCACUGCCACUAAGAAUGUGCUGGAAUCUACAUCUAGACCAAGUAAUCGGAACAAGUAUUCCAAAAAGCGAAGAGCUCCCGAAGCUCCAGCAGCAGCCAAUCCAACUACUCCAAUCAUAAAGAGUAAUACUGAGAUUUUGCGCAAUCCAAAUCCGAAUCCGAAUUUAAAACCAGAUCAUGCAAAACCAAUACACUUUGCUAAGAAUUCAGAUCGCCAAUUGAAGCUUACAAAGCCAUCACCAGUGAAGCCAGUUCAGAACCGAAGUGACGUCUUUAAAAGAGGAAAUGAAAAUCGAAACUCUUUGGGUGGUAAUCAACAUGAAAGUACUUUAAUAGAAAGACCUCAAUUCACCUAUCGACGAGAGAAAAGCUCCGAUGCCAUCAUGUUGAAAAGUCGCAAAUCAGAGAAUUUCGAAUUGAAAAUCCCAGUGAAUAUGGAUAAUCAUCAGAAGUAUGAUGAUCACAGCAAUAUUCAAAAAACUGCAGCUCCAAAAGGAAAUGUGGAUGAUGUGAUUGUUUCUGCUCAAGGAAAUAAAACACAACGCACAUUUUAUUUUGGCAUGGAAAUGGUAGGAUCCGCAGAUACUACAAAAACAGUCACUGCUGACGAGAAUCUUGCCAGCGAUGAAGCUCAGCUGCCAAAUAUUUUAAGCUAUGAUAUGGAAUAUAAAAACACGAGCAUUCCGGAGGAGAGUAUGAAUGAUAAUGGAUUACUGGUGCAUAUUCGGCCAACUCUACCUCGUCGACAGGCAGAGACACCUUCCUUUAGUCCAACAUUGGCUUGGCGUUCACUCAUGGAAGAAUUGGAUCGCGUGGAGAAUUCGCAAAUGAAGGAGAGUUUAAAUAUUUGGACGGGAAAUUCUGCCAGUGAAAGACCUAUACAACCAAACCGAACAACACAACAACAAGUUCGUCAGGUCUCCAGAUCGAACCAAAUACUUAAUACGUGGACUCCCGAACAAGAUCUUGGCGAGGAUAAUGAUGACAGAGCUAAGGGACUUAGUACAGAUGAUGACUCGAGCUCCGAUGAGUAUCGCUCCAAAUGGGAAGGAGAUGGCCUAUUGUUUUAUGGUAGCAAAAUGAAUAAAAAGUCAGGACAAACUGUCGUAUCGCCCAUACACACCUUUAGCCUAUCCCUCCCAAGGGAUUCCCAUCUACAACAUAAUCGAGGAGUAGACGCUGGCGAUGUCUGCAUCUACAAGAGUCUACAAAAGUCCAAGACAGAGGAUUUUUUUAAUAACAACACAGGUCCAUCUGCUUUAAGUCCCAGAAAAUCGAAUCCUCAGUCCGAUCCGACCGAUGUUUCUGUAACCAAAUUUGAAGGCUGUAAUAAUUGGUUGCUACAUAAAAACGUCAGUGGUAUGGAAAAUCAUACUAAGAGUCUAGAGUAUAAUAGUAAAAGGCAAAGACUGCUUACUAUAGAACCGCAAUCGAUUAAAUUUCUAACUGGAGGAAAGCAUGUAAUGUACUUACCAGGAAGCAACGACCAACCAAAUCAAAUGAAACCUGUGCAGACGGAACCUCAAGCAGAUGUCCAGCCAAAACUCAAAGCAAAUCGCCAUUUUAAAAGUAGACAGCGACAUAUUCCUCAAAGUUUACAGGAUAAAACACCAAUUUUUCCAACAACGUCCAUAAAGGAACAUAGCUUGAAACUGGAGGAUGAGAAGCCAUUGCAUCAACGUUUCUCAUUCAAUAAUCCUGUGCGACUUUUGGAGAAAAAAUUGCAUACGGAGAAAUCGGUUAAAGCCGCUAAAACCAAAAUGUCUUUGGAAGGGGAGCUUGAAGCGUUAAAAAAGGUAGAGGAAGAUUUUCAACGAAAUCGUGCUAAUGAGAAGGAGAAUAUACAGCAUCAAUUACGACUUCAUUUUGGCACUGACAAUGAACAAUUCGAACAGUAUCAUAGCUUACCGAUAGCUCCAGUUCUUGAUAGAUUUUCAGCUAUUAAUCUCAAUGAGUCGAAUAGUAAAUUAUUUAGCCGCGAUGAUCCCGAGGGCUGCGUUUCGAACGUGCCCUAUACUGCAAGUGAAAAUGAGGAGCACAAUAUUAAUUUCACUACGAAAAUAUUUUAAGUUAGAUGUACAAAUCUGUAAAUAAUUUAAUAGCUUCAAGCUCAAGAAAUGAUUUCUUUUCACAAAUAAUUGGACAACUGACAACUGUAGGGAAAUUGAAUAAUAAUGACAGCCAAAAA